AUGGAGGCAGCAUCACGACUUUCAGAAAACCUGUCAAACAUGUCAUCAUCAAAUCGUCGCUUGUUCUACGAUCCGAAGAAUCCUAAGCUCCUUUCUGAUGAAGAAAUCAAUGAACUUUCACCAGCAGAAUGUGAUGCAGCUUGUCUACAAGUUGAUCAGAUUCUCGUUUCACUUCUUCAGAACAUCGAUGCCAACUUUGGACGAACCCAUCGUACUAUCACUCAUAAAAUCUUACCAGAGGUGGAGCGUUAUGGUGAAGCAAGUAGAGGGAUAUGGGAAGGCCUCAAAUUCUGGCAACACUUCUUUGAGGCUUCUGCAAAUGUUCAACUGUCAGGUUACGACGACGACGAGACGGAAACCUCCAAACUGACCGAAGACGAAAGGCGCGAUGAAUCUUUACAAAACGACCUGGCUUCAGAAGAUGUUUCGCAGGACGUACCCCCAUCACCCAACGAAGAUCAGGACCUAUCAUCAAGCUCCCUUGAUCCGGCCGUACCUUCUGGACCACCAGUGGUUGACAUGAGUCAUCAGAGCGGUUCAACAGCAAGUCUUCGCCGUCCGGUCUGGAAUGAUUUGAGUUUCGAUUCACCAGACAAUACUUUGCAGAAUCCAACGGCUCAAAAUAUUUCACACAUCUUGAAUAAUUCGCACAGUAAUUCACUUGCUUCUGGUUUCACUGCUUCUCCUAUCGUGCCUGGUGACGACGAGGGUGAUUCGGGGAGAGAGGACGGCUCGCCAGCGCCACGUCGAAAAUCUGCUGGAAGAGGUUCGAUACUCUUGCAUCAAGUUAUCAUGAAGAAUAUGAUUCAAACCAAUCACAGUAGACCUAAGGUAAGCACACCUGCGAAGCCAAGGGGGAUCGGUCCUGAGGGUACUUCUGGUCGGAUCGCUUUUCCUGCGGAAGUCAACGAUCCCGGUUGGAACGGUAUCGCUGAUCUUAGAAAGACGACUCUAGAAAGCUUCACAAGUCCUAGUAAGAAAAAACUCCAACCUUGCAUUGGUGAAAGUUCAAAGAAGGGAAAAUCACGUGAAUGGGAAGAAGAAGAUUCAAUGAUGGCUGGUAUUCCACCACCUCAAACUUUGCAUUUCUCAGUUCCAAGAUCUAAACUUGCUCGAACACCAGCAAAGGAAGCCGCAAGAUUAGUAACAAGGGAUAUACUUGAGACCGCAAGAUUCCGUGCGGGGUAUGCGAAUCCAGCCGAUAUAGAGGAUAGUCCUUUGAUAGAGCCUCCGAGUGUACUUCGAGAAUGGAACGCGAGAGGUUAUGAAUCUAUGUUUCGAAAUCGAACCGGCGUUGAAUCCAAUCGAAAGGGCUUUGAAGAGGAAGGUGAUAGUCUGAAUUCAAUUCAGCAGGACGAGAGUACUUUGCAACUACAAGCUGGAAGUAAAGAUGCUACGAUCGAAAGUCGAGCAAGUCAGUCUCGCGAUUCAUCCAAAUUGCAACCGAGUCAGUCUCGUGAUGGAUCGAAUUUACAACCGAGCCAAACUCGUGAUGUAUCAAAAUCACUCAUUGAUCUGUGGGCUGGGGAUUCUGAACGAUUGUCGAUCAAGGGACCUUAUGAUCAUCUGGAAGAUCGUGAUGAAUUUAUUGGAAAACGACCGUUACCCGAUUCUAGUUUUGAUGAAGAAUCUUGGCAACCCGACCCCAAGCGUGUCUCGCUUUCAAGAUCACAUGAAGAUAAGCCAGAUGAACAAGAUCGAUCAUAUGAAGAGGGUAGUAGCUUACCCUUAUCGCCUACUUUGUUCGGUGUUGGUAAAAUGAGCAAUAAUCAAAACCAAUUUGAGUCAUCGCGAGCAGGACCUUCAAACGUUCUUAGGGGUUCAUUGCAUCCAUUUGUGCCGAUGCAACCUGAACAAAUGGAUACAUUUUUUGGUGGCGACUUAUUAGAAAGUGAAUGUUUCGAACCAAGUCCAUUACAAGGAAAACGAGUGAAACAUAUAGAACAGGAUCAGUAA